GAUAGAUCUUUUCCUUGCUUUUCAUCGACUCAGGAUUCUGCCAUCUUGCGCUGUGACUCGAUCAUAUCUAAAUACAUGCAGCUGUCAGCAGUGACAUCCGUCUUCAUAGCAUGUAAAAGUUGGUAUGUCUUAGCAGCUUUGGACUAAGGAAUAUGGGUUCGUAUCUUGACUUGGCGUAUUCGACUCAAAGUAUGAGGAUUACGACGCCCUCAACCCGACAGUGGUCACAGUCCUCAUCCCUACCGAAAGAUUGUGACGGGUAUGAUGACUGCCCCAAUUGUCUCUAACCUCAAUCUCUACGCACGUCGCACGAGCAACGUGGCAGUGAUCAAAUGAGACUACAACCUCAGAUUCUUCAACCGGUAGAAGUUUCUCUUUCUUCUCACUAUCAAUCUGAACCAUGGAUACAAAAGCCGCUCCAUGAGCAACCAUUUGGAAUGAUUUCGCACCUUCUACCCGUAAUUGCGCGGGGAUUGACUAUCCGAAUCUCAACCCUUGAUGCGAAUAAAAGCGUUCGCGAAAGUCAAGCGUUCUUCAGUAAGAUGGAGUCCCUUUUCAAUUUACUACUCAUUCUCUCGCCCCCUAUUGCGAUGCACGUAGUGUUCAUGUCUCCCCAUGUUCCCAUGAGUGACGAUGUUGUCAACAAGAACUUCAUAGAGUGGAUUCUUCUUCAGGAUGCCAACUACGGGCUACCAAUGACAAAGGCAAUAAUCUGGGCUAUUGCUUUCACAGAACUAGCUAUCACUACCUCGCACACUAUAGACCCCAACAUUUUCCCCAACGGGUUACAAACGAUAAUUUGCUCACUUCGAGCGAUUCAAGACGUUUCCGACACUUCCCCUCUCCUUUUCUGCACCGCGCUCAUUGUCAUUGGGAGAUUCAUCCGCUGGCGGUGUUUUCACAUCCUUGAUUAUUCUUUCACAUUCAAGCUCAGUGUCCGCAAAGGACACCAGCUUGUCACAAAUGGACCAUACGGAGUCGUCUGUCAUCCAUUUUACGUGAGAGCUGCCCUGCUGUCAAUUGGCCAGCUCAUAUUGCACGGAUCGCUGUCUUCAUUGGUUAGACGCUCAAGGGUUUUAAACAUACCUGCGUUGAAAGCGAUUGCGGUGGUAGUGCUGAUGGGGAGAAUGACUGUCAUAGCAAGCCUCAUCCUCAGGCUCAGGCACGAGAUGAAACGGCGAGGUCAAUUUCCAGAGCGGAGUGGGAGAACUGGGCUAAGGUAAUUAAGCACCGUCUCA